AUGUCGGUUGGUCAGAUAGCCAAAAAGUUGGAGGACAUACCUCUCAAAAGUUUUGGGGCUAAUAUUGAAGUUAACCCCAAGGAAGAAUGGAAAGCUAUUUGGGAAGACAUAAUUGAAGCACAGGGAGAUUGUAGUGUGAUCUUGUAUAAGGCACUCCCUCUUAAGGUUGAAGAUCCAAGAAGUUUCACUAUUCCUUGCACUGUUGGGAACCACAAAAUAGGGAAAGCUCUAUUUGAUUUAGGGUCUAGUAUCAAUCUAAUGCCCUUAACAGUUCUUCAAAAGAUUGGUGGCUUGAAAGUCAAGCCGGCAAGGAUGUCUCUUUUUAGGGUAGAUGGAUCCACCAAAAGGCUCUAUGGUGUGGUGGAAGAUGUGAUGGUGCAAACCAACAACCUAAGAUUCUUGGUGGACUUUUUGGUGUUGGAGAUGGAGGAAAAUGUGGAGAUCCCUGUUAUUCUUGGAAGGCCAUUCAUGAAGACAGCCAAAGUGAUCAUCAGAGCAUAA